AUGUUAGACGGAAUUAAAGGUGUUGUAUUUGAUUUGGAUGGAACCCUUAUAGAUUCAAUGAAUGUAUGGGAACAAUCAGAUAGAGACCUUAUUGAAAGCUAUGGACAUAAAGUUCCUGUUGAUUUCUUUUCUUCCAUUUCAGGAAUGACUGGUAUUCAGAUACUUGAAUAUAUAAUCAAAAGAUUUAAAAUAAAAGCAUCCGUACAAGAAUUAACUCAAAAAUUAUUAGAACGUAUCAAUUAUAGGUUUAUGAAUUUGGUAGGCGAAAAACCAAAUUCAAUGAAGUUCAUAAAGUAUCUUCAUGAUAAAGGAAUCAAAAUUGCUAUAGCAACAAAUAACAGUAGACCAUUAACAAUAGAAAUACUUAAAAAAUUUGGUGUUUAUUCAUAUGUUUCAUCGAUUAGAACAUGUGGAGAGCUGAAGAAACCAAAGCCGUUACCAGAUGUAUACAUUUACGCUUGCAGAGAUCUUGGACUUGAUCCAAAAGUUUGUCUUUCUUUUGAAGAUCUUCCAGUUGGACUUCAAUCAGCACAGGAAGCAGGGUUACGCACAUGCGCCGUCAAAGAUGCGUUUUCAGAUCCAUACGAUUCAUUAAAACGAAGUAUCGCAGAUUAUUACAUUUCUGACUUUGACCAGGUUAUAAAUGGAACAUAUGAAUGCUUAACUAGGACAAUAUAA